UGCGAUUCUGCCAGCCAGGUCACCCCCAGUUCAGUCCCAGGAAACUGUGAGGAAAGAAUUACCUCUAUGUGGGCAGCCCAGCCAGAAAUGGCCCAUUUGACAGUAUGGCCCUAGGCCUCAGUAGGCGUGCGAGAGCCUACCCAUCCCCAGCGCGCAGGCGCCAUCGCACCACCUUCAGUCACAAGCAGCUGGACCAGCUGGAGAUCGCGUUUGGACAGAACCACUACCCCGACAUCUACUGCCGUGAGGAACUAGCGCGGCUCACCAAACUCAACGAGGCACGCAUACAGGUAUGGUUCCAAAAUCGCCGUGCCAAAUACCGCAGGCAGGAGCGUGCGUCUCAGAAGGUCUUGCCAAUGGGCAUGAUGCCAGGGCACGGGGCACUGUUGGGCAGCAUGUGUGUUCAGUCCACAGGGUUGAUCCGUCAGUACUACCCUCACUCCCUGGCUCACCAUAUCCCCCGGUUCCCCUCUAUGCUGCCCUCAGGUGGUUACUCCCACUCCCACCACCCAGGCUCAGCCAGCCAGUGUCCCUGCCCCACAGUCCCACCACAGCCACAACCCUCCCGCCAGCACGAGGAGUGGUACAGCCCGCUACAGAACAUUGGAGCCCCACCCAGCAACCUGGCCACACCUGUGUUCUCCCUGACUUCCAUGCCUGCUCUAGACCCUGGCUCUCACUGGAACUAAAGAAAGGGCAACUUCUAUGUCGAGAGGUAGACAAGCUCUGAUAGGCUGUGUUUCGAAGAACUAACAGUUAUUCAUUGCACCUUAGAUUAGAUUACAUAAUACAGAUUUUUGUAUCUAUGCAGUGAUAGCUAGCAACUAAAGAACAUUAAGUAUAUAGAGAAUAGUGAGAACGACAACUCUUUCACCCCUUGAAUACCUGACAUUGCAUGUUUUCUGUGACAAGCAGAUUGAAAGUUCAGGGUAGCCUAACUGAGAGAAAGACAUUUGUGGGUAAUCUUGAAUUACCCAUAUAGAUUGUCUGAAAUAUACACGAUACAGCUUUCUCCUAACAAUGCCUUUUGUAUAAGUAGUGUGUAUUGGGAGUGAUUUGUUUGUUUAUGUUGAAGUGAUGCUAGAAAGUUUUUGUAUAAUUUCAACCAGUAGAUUUGAAAGUAGCGCUCAGAAGUCAAAAUGGGUCCCCGGAAAUUGUGAACAAUUGUGUACAACGUCAUCCAUUUCGUACAGUGCCUUCAAAUCUACCGGCUGAAAGUAUUCACACCCCUUGACUUUUUCCAAAUGUUGUUGUGUUACAGCCUGAAUUUGGAA